GUGCGGUUGUGUUGUAUUUCCUUUUACUUAAUUUAUGGUGUGACCUUGGCCGAGGGUAGCAUUUGGUGUCUUCAAAAGUUCAACAUCACUGCAUAAUUUGAUGCGCUUUGCACCAUAAUCUAGUGGUAAUAAACAUUCGGUGUUUCAGCGAGCCCAAAAAUUUCCAACGAUAUAAAAGAUAGGGUUAUAUGGUUUAAAAUUGUUUCUUAUGACUCAUGUUCUUACGAGAAGACCUUGGUACGUAGUCGUAUUGGUACUUCCAGUAGAGCCGCCAAAAGCAAAUGGUUUCUCUUGGACAAAAUGCCAAGGGAAAUACCGUCAAAGGAUCGUGGCAACCACACUCACCAAUUAAUGAUGAACACCUUUCGUGGUAAUGAUAAAAGAUAAUUCAAACCACGGUGGUUCGCCACGUGGCAGAUAGCUCCAUGCCACUUCAUCCCUACUUUUCCUAGCCAGGCUUCCCCACAAUCCUCCCGGCUAUCAAUACGGCUGCCCUUCCCAACUCCCAUUAGCCUGCUACACCAUAUACCGCAUUCUCACUAUCUUUCCCCAUUACACUGAAAAUGGCUUCCACCGCGUCUCUCACCAAUGCCGUGGUCAGCACCUCCUUUGUCCGCCUCCAGCCGGUGACACGCUCCCUUCCUAACUUUAGGCAGGCUCUUUUUGACCUAAAAGCCCAGAGAGGGAGCCGUCUUACUAUGGCUGCAUACAAAGUAAAGCUGCUCACGCCUGAAGGAUCUCUAGAAUUUGAGUGCCCAGCAGAUGCCUACAUUCUUGACCAAGCUGAAGAACAGGGUAUUGAUCUUCCAUACUCAUGCAGGGCUGGUUCUUGCUCUUCAUGUGCUGGAGUAAUUAAGGAAGGUAGUGUGGAUCAGUCUGAUGGUAGCUUCCUUGACGAUGACCAGAUAGCUGGUGGUUUUGUACUCACUUGCGUCGCUUACCCAACAAGUGAUGUUGUCAUUGAGACACACAAGGAGGAAGCCCUCACCGGUUAAAUAUAAACUGGUUUAACUAGACUAUGAUCUUUUCUUUUCUUGUUCUGUUUUUCUGUUGCUUUUAUUGGUUUGCUUUAGUCUGGUCAAGGGGAUGCUACUGUUUAUGUCCCUGAAUGAGCUAGUUACAAGUUUUAAGGUUUUUGUUCAUUUGUAGUCACAAAUGAAAUUGUUGUAGCCCUAAUAAUCUUAUAUGUUUCACCCAGAAUAUCUAAUUGCAACAUGAACUGCCAGUGAGCUCCUAUUACUUUCCUUUUCGGGUUGAAUUCCGGGUGAAAGACAAUGGGCAAAAGCUGUAUAACCAGAACUCAUUUACCAAAGUUCAAGCAAGUUUGACAAUCGCUUGAACAGAAAAAUGAUUUUUUUCUGACACUAUUA